AUGUGGGGGCUGUCGGCGUUGGCGUUGUGGGCGCUGCUGGCGGCGGGGCGCCGGGGCGUGGCGGUGUGCGCGCGCGAGCUGGAUCCGGCGGCGUGCGCGGCGCGCUUCGACGUGCAGCGCGACAAGAUCAUCCGCACGGAGGAGUCGCGCGAGAUGGGCGCGCGCUACCUGGCCGAGCUGGACGUGGGCGCGCGCCAGGAGUGCCUGCGCCUCUGCUGCGAGACCGACGCCUGCGACGUCUUCGUCUACGAGGAGAAGAGCCCGGGCAGCUGCUACCUGUUCGCGUGCGGGCCACCCGAGGACUUCCGCUGCAAGUUCACGGCGCACGGCAACUUCAGCAGCGGCGUGCUGGCCGUGGCGCGCCGCCGCGCCGAGCAGCAGGACCGCGCGCGCCUCGAGCAGCACGAGCGCGCGCUGGCCAACCUCAGGUACGCCCCGCCCGGCGACUGGCCCGCACGCCAGCAGCGCGUGCUGGCCGUGGCGCGCCGAGCAACACGAGCACGCGCUGGCCAACCUCAGGUACGCCCCGCCCGGCGACCGGCCCGCACGCCAGCAGCGCGUGCUGGCCGUGGCGCGCCGAGCAACACGAGCACGCGCUGGCCAACCUCAGGUACGCCCCGCCCGGCGACCGGCCCGCACGCCAGCAGCGCGUGCUGGCCGUGGCGCGCCGAGCAACACGAGCACGCGCUGGCCAACCUCAGGUACGCCCCGCCCGGCGACCGGCCCGCACUCCAGCAGCGCGUGCUGGCCGUGGCGCGCCGAGCAACACGAGCACGCGCUGGCCAACCUCAGGUACGCCCCGCCCGGCGACCGGCCCGCACGCCAGCAGCGCGUGCUGGCCGUGGCGCGCCGAGCAACACGAGCACGCGCUGGCCAACCUCAGGUACGCCCCGCCCGGCGACCGGCCCGCACGCCAGCAGCGCGUGCUGGCCGUGGCGCGCCGAGCAACACGAGCACGCGCUGGCCAACCUCAGGUAUUUGCUCUUCAUUGCAGCGCGUCGUUGCAGCCGCUACCAAUUCGAGUGCCACACCGGCGGCGAGUGCAUCGCCGUGUACAACGCGUGCGACGGCGUGCCGCAGUGCGCCGACGGCAGCGACGAGGCGCCCGAGCUGGGCUGCCCCGCGCCGCCCACGCGCGCGCCGACGCCGCCGCCGCCGCCGCCGCCGCCGCCCACGCAGAUACAGGACAUCAGCGUGGAAGUUGGCGGCGAGGGCGCAGGCGGCGAGCGCUGGCCGCACCGCCUCGCGCAGGCGCAGCCGCACCGAUACGGCGCCAACGAGGUAGGCGGGUCGCACAUCUUCAGCCACAAAGGCGGGCUGCUGCAGCCGCCGCGGGAGGAGCCGCCGUUCUACGAGCCGCCGCCGCCGCCCGCGUGGCCGCGCGCGCCGUGGCCGCAGCCGCAGAACGUGAUGGAUUCCGGCUGGGGCAGCUACGCGCGGCCAGAGUGGCCGGAGCCCGACCCGCGGCGCGCCUGGCCCGUGCCGCAGCCCCGCCCUGAACCGGACAUCCCGGUGUACAUCCCGUCGAAGACGAUGCCGGAGCUGCCGCUGGCGUACGGCGGGCAGCAGCAGCACACGCUGCGCGACGCGCCCAAGAAGGGCCCGCCGCCGCACGCGCCGUCCGCGCUCGCGCCCUCCUCCACCACGCCGUCCGUCACGCCGCCGCCGCCGCCCCGCCCGCAGCACGACAACGUCUCUAACAAGUCUGUUAAACAGGAGGUCGCCGCACCGGCGGCGGGCCCCGGCGGCGACAUCGAGGUGCCGCGCUACACCGCCGCGCACGCGCCGCACUUCCUCAGCGACGAGCGCGACGGGCUCAGCGACCAUCCGCCCGCCGCCGUGCUGCUGCUCGUGCUCGGCGUUCUAAUGACAGCAGCCAUGGCGGUGCUGGGCGGGUGCCGCGCGCGCGCGGCGCGGCGACGGCUGCGGCGCGGCAAGUCGCCCUUCGCGCACGACGCCGACUACCUCGUCAACGGGAUGUACCUGUAGGCGCCGCCGCCGGUACAACGCCGACACCGCUAAGUGAUGGUGGUCGUGCAGAACUUUUUUACAAAAAGUAAUGAGAUAGAUUCACGAAGGCCAAGUUGGUUUUUUCUUUGUUAACAGAACGUUAGUUACGCAUCAAAACAAGUUAGGUGUAUAACUUGUUAUCCAAUAAAUGGGGUUCGUUUAGCGUGUUUCCACCUUUUAUAAGGAAAAAGACAUUAAUAAUAAAAAUGUAAUAGUUACUGCUAAUAUACUUUUAAAGACUUCCACGCAACUUCUAGGACGAUAACGUAGGAAUCCUUGCCGCACUACAUUCUAAUUCAGCUUGUGCGGAGACACUAAACGUUCUGCUGGCAAAGGCUAAAUUCAACUCGGUGCUCGUAAACUGAAACAAAGUGAUAACUAUAUAUCUUAUACAAUGUUUGAGCCGUAUCAAUUGUGGAGGUGUAAGUACUUUAUUAAAUAAAUUCUUUAGAUUUCGAUAUCCCGAUGUUCCGAGAUGUGCUUUUUCGGCGGAACAGUCGGAUUUAUUUUGCGAUUGAAUUAAAACUAAGUAGGAAAUCAUUUUUAACGAAUGUUAACUGUUCUAAUAUCAAAUUGUUAUUACGAAUUAAAUAAUAAGAAUUAUUUAUGAUAUGACAUUGUCUCCAAGAAACAGUAAAGGUAGGAAUUUGGCUUAGUUAGGCUCGCGGCCGUAAUAUAUCAGUCAGCGAAAUAUCCAUUUUGAAAUACUACUUCAAACCUUUACAUUACGAGGCACUGAUGUCUCUAUGUGAGCAAUCAUAUAUAUGUACCUACAUCAUUCUAUUUGUUUAACAUCUUAUUUAGCCGUUUAAACUUCAAAUCUUCGGAUUAAGUUCCCAAAUAAAUAUUUUAGAUCUGUU